ACUACAAACCAUUUUGCCACAAAUUAGAUGUUACAUUUGUUUCAAAAAUCCGAGCUCGCAGAUUCGGCAUAGGCAAAUAUUUUUUAUUCACAGAAAAAGAUUCACGAUUCGCAGUUUAGUAAAUGAGUUGCAUGCUUGCAAAUCGUAUUGAACGUAUUCAAAUGUCAAAUUACAAUUUUGCGACAUUACAUUUUUCACACAUGAUACAAGCUUGCGAAAUUAACUAACACAUUUGUGAAUCGUAUUUGCAACUACGAAUCUCAUUGUGAGACCACGAAAUUCAACAUACAAAUUUGCAUACUUUAGAAUCCAAUGUAAUCCCAAACCUUUCCUUCAGCACCAUUUCGUUUGUGCGCGCCGUGCGUUCACCGCCUGCGAAGCAAUGCCAGCGCGUACCCGCCGUCCGGAGGCAAAUGCGGUAGUGAUACUUCAGUGGUACUGACGUACUGAAAUAAAGGAGGAGAAAAUAAGAUUGACCCUGCUGAGUGAUCGGACAUCUCCUAAGCAAAAACAAAACAUUUGAUCCCCUAUUUUUUAUCACAGAAUAUGGACUAUGAGACAGAUCAUACAUAGAAGGUCUGAGGACUGAGCAACUGACCGAGGGACCUGAGGAUCCCCCUACACCAUCACCCCCAGUCUCACUCGUCUCCCCCAGAGGGCGAGAGCAGCCACUACAGCCAUCAUGGUGCUGUCACAGAGACAACGAGAUGAACUAAACCGAGCGAUCGGAGACUACCUCCGCUCAAAUGGCUAUGAAGAAGCCUAUUCCACCUUCAAGAAAGAGUCUGAGUUAGAUAUGAAUGAGGAGUUAGAUAAGAAGUACGCUGGUCUUUUGGAAAAGAAAUGGACCUCAGUCAUCAGAUUACAGAAAAAGGUGAUGGAGCUGGAGUCGAAGCUGAACGAGGCCAAGGAGGAGAUGACUCUAGGGGGUCCGGUGGCCCAGAAGAGGGACCCUAAGGAGUGGAUCCCCCGUCCCCCAGAGAGAUACGCCCUAAGCGGCCACCGCUCCCCCGUCACACGGGUCAUCUUCCACCCUGUCUUCUCCGUCAUGGUCACCGCUUCUGAGGACGCCACCAUCAAGGUGUGGGACUAUGAGGCAGGGGACUUUGAGCGGACACUGAAGGGCCAUACAGACUCUGUCCAGGACAUCUCCUUUGACCAGACGGGCAAGCUGCUGGCCUCCUGUUCUGCAGACAUGACCAUCAAGUUGUGGGACUUCCAGGGCUUUGAGUGCAUCCGCACCAUGCACGGUCAUGACCACAACGUGUCGUCUGUAGCGAUCAUGCCCAACGGAGACCACAUAGUCUCCGCCUCCAGAGACAAGACCAUCAAGAUGUGGGAGGUGGCCACUGGGUAUUGUGUGAAGACGUUUACAGGCCACAGGGAAUGGGUGAGGAUGGUCCGGCCCAACCAGGAUGGUUCUCUGAUUGCCAGCUGUUCCAACGACCAGACGGUGCGUGUGUGGGUGGCCAACUCCAAGGAGUGUAAGGCUGAGCUACGGGAGCACGAACACGUGGUGGAGUGUAUCGCCUGGGCCCCCGAUACCGCUCACCCCACUAUCCUGGAGGCUACUGGCUCAGAGAGUAAGAAGAGUGGGAAGCCCGGUCCAUUCCUUAUCUCUGGCUCUAGAGAUAAGACCAUCAAGAUGUGGGACAUCAGCACUGGCAUGUGCCUUAUGACUCUGGUAGGUCAUGAUAACUGGGUGCGUGGUGUGUUGGUGCACCCUGGAGGCAGGUUCAUAGUGAGCUGUGCUGAUGAUAAGACUCUGAGGAUCUGGGACUACAAGAACAAGCGCUGCAUGAAGACCCUGUGUGCCCACGAACACUUUGUUACCUCUCUAGAUAUGCACCGGACUGCUCCCUACGUGGUGACAGGCAGCGUUGAUCAGACAGUCAAAGUGUGGGAGUGUCGCUGAGUCUGCCUGCUACCUCCCUCUCCUCAUCUUCCUCUCUACCCUCCAACCACAGCCCUGUAACCCCCACCCCAACCUCCUGCUCUACUCUCCCAAAAGCAGCCCUAGUGCUCCCCCAAAUAGCAGCCUCUCCUACCCUAAUCUUCUCUCUCCCCCCAAAAGCAGCCCUAUACCCCCUCCUACCCACUAUCCUACCCUUUCUCUCUGACCCUCACCUAAGCCCAACCUCUUGCACUCUAUACCAUUGUUACCCAGGCUCUCCCCCUCUGCCCUUCAUCCCCCGGCCCUGUUUAAAAUAAAUAUUGUCCUUUUAUGUAAAUUAUUCUGGAUGUAGGGUACGCUUAAUAAAUGUUACACACUCACACAUUCUCUCUCACACACACACUAAAAGAAAAAAGAAGUAUUCCUUGGAUGGUGAAUUCCCCCAAAAAUGUGUGUACUGUAAAUGUGUCUAAAUGUGCAUACCAUUGUCAUGACGUGGGGGGCGAAGGGUAUAUGGUUCCUGUGUCCUUCCCCAGUGGAUGCUGGGUAAUUGUGACAGUGCACGUAAACCAAUCACGUCUGUUCUUUAAGGGUUUGGUUUUAUUUCGUUUUUUGCCACCACUGUUAUUCUGAUGCUACCUGAGAGAGAUCGGGAAGAAGAAGAGUGUGAAAGAACAAAGAGAGAAUUGUGACAGAGGAUAAUAUGGGGAGGAGGAGUAGAAUAAGAGAUAACCGAUAAAGUAUGGUCUGUGUGUGUGCAUUUGGGUGCGUACUGUAUGUGUGUAAGGCGGUAGAGAAUAGAGGGGUGGCUUUCUAUUUCUCUCUAUAUACUCCCUCUCUCUGACUGGCUUCUAGUAGAUACUCACAAGGAUCUUAAAGAUCCCUAUGCUGCAAAGAACACACACACACACACGAACAGACUUUCCCACUCUCUCUCUUUUACACACACUUAGAUCAAGGAAGACGCAUAGAUGAGCAGACUCUUAUAUUUGUGUUACACACACAACCUCUGCUGCGGUGUGUCCCUAGAGUGCCCAGUGCCCACUCAUUCUCUGCUGUCUCUGCCUUGUUAACCCUCUUGUGGUCUCCCUCACCAAGGGAUUUCCUUCUGCUUUCUGUGCUCUCACUGCUCUCUCUCACACACAUGCACAUAAGCACAGUAAAAUUGUGUACCAAUAUAUCUGUAUGCGAUUGUUUGCAACAUAAAAUACAUCUGUAAAUAUAA